AUGGCAGAAAUAGAAGCCGAACCAUUUCAAGUCGACGUGGAUACAACACCUUCGUCCAGAGCCAGCAUUUCCGCCCGCCGUCACAACAGCAUGUCAUCCGAUCCACCAACCUCGACACCGGGUGAUAGAUCGCUGGAAGUCAGCAGCGAGACGUCUUGGUCCGAUGCGGCCGUUGAGACCGAAGACUGGCCGGCCUUCGAUCCGGUGCUCCCUCUUUCAUCCUAUCUCUCGGAGCUUUACGAGGAGAACAUUACAGCCAAGAUCUGCCGCACCGCGACGAAAUCACUCCAGGAGAACGUCUCGUUCGCCUCGAGCGAGGUGCGAAAGACGCCCAUCGCCUACCCGGAAAUCGUGCCUCAGGAGGGCCCCGACGCUGGGCAGUACGAGUUCCGCGACGCCGACUUCUGGACCUGCGGCUUCUUCCCCGGGACGCUCUACGCCCUGCUGGAGCGAGGCGUUAAACACCCGCAGACGAUGCGGCUCUCGGACGCCGGCCCGGAGCUCCAGACGGCCAGUCUCCGCGCGCAUUUGCGGGACUUAUGCAAUACCUGGGCCGACCCCUUGCACGGUAUGGCCGGUAGGACCGACACCCACGACAUCGGGUUCAUCAUCAUGCCGGCCCUGCAGCGGGACUGGGAGUUGACCGGCAACCAGAGGAGCUUCGAUUCCAUCGUCCGCGCGGCCCGCAGCCUGGCCACCCGCUACAUCCCUUCCGCCGGCGCCAUCCGCAGCUGGGACUGCCUUCUGAAGAAGGACAUCACCGUGACGGACCAGACCACCAACUGCCUGGCCAUCAUCGACAGCCUCUGCAACCUGGACCUGCUGUUCUACGCCGCCGCGCACACGGGGGACGUGACCCUCGCGGACAUGGCCACCACCCACGCCCGCACGCUUCUGCACACGCACCUCCGGCCGGAGCCCACGAAUACGCUCGCCAAGGACGGGUACAGGGGCCAGCACUACUCGACGUGCCACGUCGCCAACAUCGACCCGGCCACGGGGGACCUCAAAUGGCGCUGGACGGCGCAGGGCUACGCCAACGACUCGACGUGGGCCCGGGGCCAGGCGUGGGCGGUCCUGGGGUACGCGCAGACCUACCUCUGGACGAAGGACCGGGUGUUCCUCGAAGCUGCCUGCGGAGUCGCCGAGUACUUCCUGUACAGGCUCGACACGGCACCAUCGUGCGUCGAUAUCCCGGUUGCGGACGAAGAGGGGCGGCGGGGUUCCGGCCUGUAUCACGGCCUGCCGAAGAAGACCGUGGGACGCCGAGUGCCGCUGUGGGAUUUUGACGCUCCCAUCCAGGACCAGUCGGACCCCCUGAGAGACUCUUCGGCCGGGGUGAUUGCGGCCAACGGCAUGCUGCUGCUCUCGCAGGCCCUGAGGGGCGUCCAACAGCACGCACUAGGGCGUAGGUUCUACCAAGCCUCCAUCGAGAUUGUUAGGGACACGCUGGACCACUCCCUCGCCGUUGAAAAGGCGCGGUUCGCGAGGGACGGGGAUUCCGGCGGUGGCAUCCUCGUCGAGGAGGUCGCCGCCGCGGGGAGGACCUUUGGCGGCAUCCUGAAGCACGGCACCGCCAACAACAACGAGAACGCGAGGCGGAGGUACUGCAACCACGGCCUCGUGUACGGGGACUACUACCUCGUGGAGUUCGGGAACAGGCUCUUGAACAUGGGUCUGGCGUAG